UGAAUAAUUGGUGAAUCUGUCAUUUUCGCACAUCCACAUUUUUUGACGUUGCUGUCAUUUGCUAUCGGUGCAUAUUUUAAUGAAAUAUAUCAAUUAGAGAUCAAAAAUAUAUAUUUGGAAGAAACUUUUUAGCAAAAGAUGUCUGGUUCUGGUCAUAAGCAUCGUUAUAAGAACACAGCACUUGACAGUGUUGAAUUAAGAAGGCGGAGGGAGGAAGAAGGGGUUCAACUGAGGAAGCAAAAGAGAGAACAGCAGUUAAAUAAAAGAAGGAAUGUUAAUUUAAAUCAAUUACAAGAUGAAGAACUACAGUUGGAAAGUGAUGUUAUAUCACCAGUGUCCCCAGUUAUCACACCAGACAUGGUCCAAGAUCUUUAUAGUAACGAUGUAGAAAAACAAUUGUCAGCCACUCAAAAGUUUAGAAAAUUAUUGAGCAGAGAACCAAAUCCGCCCAUAGACGAGGUGAUCCAAACGGGGAUCGUGCCGAGAUUUGUCGAAUUUUUACAAAACACGACGAAUUGUUCACUUCAGUUUGAAGCAGCUUGGGCUUUGACAAAUGUAGCAUCUGGAACUUCGCAACAGACGCGGAUGGUUAUAGAAGCUGGAGCAGUUCCCAUAUUUAUUAGUUUAUUGGGCAGUCAAUAUGAGGACGUUCAAGAACAAGCAGUUUGGGCCCUCGGGAAUAUCGCUGGUGACUCCGCGGAAUGUAGGGAUUACGUACUUGAACAUGGAAUAUUAGUACCACUAUUGCAAGUUCUAAGUAAAUCGACAAAACUGACAAUGACGAGGAACGCAGUGUGGGCGGUAUCAAACCUGUGCAGGGGCAAAAACCCACCGCCGGAGUUCGCAAUGGUUUCGCCAGCGUUACCGGUUCUAUCGCGCAUUCUCUUCCAUAAUGAUUCGGACGUGUUAUCGGACGCAUGCUGGGCUCUCAGCUACCUGUCUGAUGGACCAAAUGAAAAGAUCCAAGGAGUCAUCGAUGCCGGAGUUUGCCGACGACUGGUGGAGUUACUGAUGGCACCACAGCCGAACGUAGUGUCGGCUGCACUACGCGCCGUCGGUAACAUUGUAACUGGCGACGACGUCCAGACGCAAGUCAUCCUCAACUGUCAGGCGUUACCCUGCCUCCACCACCUUUUGUCGUCGCCAAAGGAAGCGGUGCGCAAGGAGGCGUGCUGGACAAUAAGCAAUAUUACGGCGGGCAACCGCCAACAAAUCCAAGCGGUUAUUGACGCCAACAUUUUCCCCGUCCUGAUCGAGAUCUUGGGCAAGGCGGAAUUCAAAACCAGAAAGGAGGCGGCGUGGGCGAUCACGAACGCUACUAGCGGGGGCACUCCGGAUCAGAUACGCUACCUGGUUGAACAGAAUUGCAUCAGUCCAAUGUGUGAUCUGCUUACGGUUAUGGAUCCGAAGAUAGUGCAGGUGGCACUCAAUGGUUUGGAGAACAUUUUGAGGCUGGGAGAACAAGAUGCAAAGUCGAAUAACGGCAUUAAUCCGUAUGCAGUUCUCAUAGAGGAAUGUUAUGGUUUGGACAAAAUUGAGUUCUUACAGUCCCAUGAGAACAUGGAGAUAUAUCAAAAGGCGUUUGAUAUAAUUGAACAUUUCUUUGGCACAGAAGAAGAGGACACAAAUGUUGCACCAUCAAUUGACUCUGAACAACAACAGUAUACAUUUAGUUCUGACCAGUCAGUACCAAUGGGUGGUUUCCAGUUUUAAUUAAUUCAAGUUAACAAGUCCUAUGUUGAAUUAACAAAAACUGAGAAAUAAGACAAUUUUAAAUUAUUUUAGAAAAGAAACCCUGUUUCUUUAUCUCAACCAUACACAUAUAAUAUAGGUUAGAUGGAAUUUUAUACAUGUGUAUCUCCAUUUUUUAAAUGUCUGUUAGCAGAAAGCCACCCAGCUUGUAUAAAAUUUAUGUUAUUUAUUAAUUAUGCUUUCAAUUGUUACAAAAAUUAUAUUGACAUAUUAAAUAAUAAAAUGGUAUACUAUAUGAUUUUUUUUAUUUUAAUUGUACAUAAACCCUUUCAACCAUGAAUCAAGUUUAGAACAUAUGUCAAUAUAAAACUGUAUGUUUGUAAGCAUUGAAGGGCAAAAGUAAAAGCAACAUGUAUUCCAGUCCUAUUAAAUAUGACUGUCGGAAUUUAUUGUAUAUUUUUAUAUAUUUUGUAAUUAUGCUAAUGGUAAUUUUAAAAAACCAAAUCAAGUUCUUCAUUUUUGGCUGGUUUCAGAAAUGUCACAACUUUAUUUUUGCCCUGGAUACUACUUCAAUAACAAAUAGAAUUUCCUUGUACAUUCUACUAAGUGUAAGAGCAUAAAUAGUUUAAUGCAGAUUAAGUGUCUGCAUUUGUAACCAUAUUAAUCCGGCUGUGGCUUAUGUGUCUUCAAUUACCGUUUCCAAUAUUGAUUGGUUGACAUUGCAGUUCUCAAUAUGAUGGAAUAACCACAUACGAACUGAUUCGACCUAAUUUUACAAAAGCCCAAAACUUUUCUCUUAGUAAAAUUUACUAUACAUUCAGAGAAUUGCAGAAAAACCAAAAAAUGUUUGAGAUUAAAAAUUAACGAUUAGUCAAUAGACACAUGCCUAUGAUUAAUACAAAUUUGCCAGUACUCUCUAAGGUAUCUCUAUAGUCUGUAAAUAUAAUAUUCUUGUAAAAUAUUCACUAAGUUACAGUGUAUUUUAAAAUGAAGGGCAUUACACAUUGUGUGCAAUUUAAUUUUAAAAGAUUGUCAAUUUAAAAUUUCGCUAGUAAAAGUUUUAGUUUAAAUUGUAACUCUGUAAUUUUUGUAUAGUUUGUAUACAUGUGUAAAAUUCAAUUCUUCUGUUUAUAGUUUGUAUUAUAAAAUAAAAUUUAGAUUUA